CCAAUGUCUCACAAAGUGCAAUUAAAAGACCAAAGUGGACAUAGCAUUGCUGUCAACUGUGUAGAUGGAUUUUACUUCCACCGAAGUGAGACAGCAAGACCUUUCCAUCAGCAUUUGGAGGGCAUCAGAGACAUGCAGCUGCGCCCUGAUGACGUCUUCGUUUGUGCCUACCCUAAGUCAGGUACGCACUGGAUUUGGGAGGUUGUCAGCAUGGUGGCCCAUGAAGAUUUGGUGUACCGGAACCACCUGGAAAGACUUAACCAACCCGAUUUCAGAUCCACCCGUUACCUUGACAGUCUGACAUCUCCCAGGGUGAUGAGCUCCCACCUACAUCUCCGAUAUCUUCCACGCCAAGUCUGUACAAACAGAACCAAAAUCAUUCUGCUCAGAAGAAACCCCAAGUCAGUGGCCGUGUCCUACUACUACAUGACAAAGGGCAUGAGAUCCAUAGAAGGCUGUGAAACAGGGUUAGUGACGGUCCAGGACUAUGAUGGGAAAUGGGAAGACUAUCUUCAACUGUUUCUGGACGGGGAAGUCCCGUAUGGCUCCUACUUUGACUACCUGCUGGACUGGGAGACUGAGAGGACAAAGCACCCGGAGUUGCAAGUCUUAGACCUAACGUUUGAAGAGAUGAAACAGAACCCAGUCCUUACUGUACUGAAAGUUGCAAAAUUUCUUGGAAAAGAAAUGACACGACAGCAGGCCAUGUCGAUUUCAGACGCCUGUAACUUCCAACAUCUAAAGACUCGUGACGCUGAUGAUGAAACUAGAUGUAUGGACAUGACAUGGAAAGAAGGAUAUGGAACGUACAGAAAAGGAGAGACACAAGAGUGGAAGAAAUGGUUUACUACUGCUCAAAAUGUUCACUUUGACAAGGUGUUUGCAAGGAAAAUGGCCACCUCUCAGCAUUUGAGAGAAUGGAGUUAACGCACUAUCCAGUAAUACAAGAGGCGUCAUGGUGUUUGUCUGGCCAUGAUUCGAUCUGUCGUCUGGAUACAGGUAGUUGUCGUAUGGCCUCAAACAACCAAUCACUUUGAUUACUUAUAUGGCCUCAAACAACCAAUCACUUUGAUUACUUAUAUGGCCUCAAACAAUCAGUUACUUUCAUGACUUUGGUUGCACGUAGUUGUUGUAUAGCAAUUUACUUUAAUUACUUCCUUAGUCUAUACCCAUGGAUUUAGUGCGCUGAAGUUUGUACAUGGGUUAGUCCGAGACUGGCCUCAGCGCGACUCAUGUGUCACCAGCAUCGUAACGGAAGGGGUCAGAUAUGUAUUGUUCCGGUUAAACACUAACUCCAAUGCCUUGUGCCAAGAUGAUUUUCUUAUACAUUUCAUUUGCUAAAAUAAAGA